UGUGUAUGGCGGGAAACACAACUUUUCAAUAGACGGCCAUUAACAUUUAUAUUUUUAGAAUUUUGCAUAAGUUAGCCUAACGGAAGUAACCAAUGUCGAUAUGGGAUCGAUUCCUGUCCUUGUUUAAUGGCGGUAUGAGGGCUUACAAGAUCCAAGAUGUUAAGCGAGAAGCUCGAAUAGGCAUCACAGCCAAAAGUUUCCAAGAGUUGUUGGAAAAGGGAUGCAAGAAGCUAAAUCUUUGUCGAAAAGAAGUAACCGUGGUGAUAGAAGAUGAUGGGACAACUGUGUGUGAUGAUUCCUUCUUCAAAAAGUUGCCAGCUCAGACGGUGUUUGUCUUCCUUCAGAAAGGAGAGAGAUGGCGGGGAGCUGGAGCCUUGAUACAUGACGCCCUCAGCAAGCUGUAUUGUACCUCCAGGAAGAAUGAGAUAGCAGGACAAAUCCGCGAUCUCCUCCAGGGAGAGAAUGCUCCUGAAAAAAUUCAUAUCAUUUCUCAGUAUCUGGAAAUGAUGCAGACGAACACGGAUUGUGAACAGAGAUACGAGGAUGAGGACUGGUUUGAAGGCCUGAACAAAAAAUACAAGAGUAAGAGUGAGGUGAUGAGGCACAGUGCACAAACCCGUCUCCGGAGUUACUACACUACGGCAAAGGACCAGGUGGAGAAAGAAUCUGCUGGAGAACAUAAAGACCUUUUACUCACCAGUCUGGACGAUGUUCUGAACCAGCUCAAACGCAGUGACUUCCACGCGACCUACUUCGACCGAUCAGCAGGAACCAAGCUGCGGUUGUGCGACAAAAAGGGCUGGUUUAAAUGCGAAGGUCCAUUUGAUAGUGAAACAUGUGACAAGUAUCACACCAUCAACCCGUACGCCUCCAAAGGAUACCGUCAACUGUUCGGGUUAUGGAAUUUAGACCACAUUAUAGAAAAGUCAAGGGAGGUAAUUCCAGCAUAUAUAGAGGCAGCAAAGAACGUACCUAAGGGGAAACAACUGAACCAUAGUCACCUCUACAAACUGUUGUUCACCAGACAAAAUCUCAAACUGGUUCAGGUCGGCUGUCACAAGAAAGCUGCACGUAGCUCUGGGAACUGUUCUUGGGAGGAUUUUGUAAAAUGACAGCUGUUGUUUAUUAACAGGUGUUCAUAACACUUAAAACUAGUGAUAUCUUCAUAUAUGGACACAUUUUUAUCUUAUUAUGACUUUUUAUACUGAGGACUAUUCCAUUAGAAUAUCUACCCGCCCCCAGGACUCCACAAUAAAUCUAUACAUGGUACGAUUGCCUUCCUAUUACAUCUACUUCCUAUUACAUCUAUGUAAUUUAUUGAAUAAAUUCUAUAAAUGUGGUGCCCCUUAACCAAACCUGGAGCCCUGGUGUGGGGUAGAUGUUUUACUGGAGAAGCCCUGAUAACAUUAGUAUGGAAGAAAAAUGGUGUGUACACCAAACUCUGAUUCAUCAAUCAUUAUAUAAAUCCAGAAAUAAAACUGGAGUACUAUUUCUAUGUAUGUUGUUUACUGUGACAGUAUAUAUAUUACUGCGGUAUGUGAGGCUGGGCCUCUUGUUACUGUUAUGUCUUCAUACCCAGUGAUUUCUUGUUUCAUCUUAUGUCUAUCGAGUUAGUGUCAGUGCAAUAAGUUGAAGGAUAUCCCUUUUCAAAUACUUUAUCUUUUGUGAGAUACUGACAAUAUUUCCGGUGUUUUAUAUUGUGUGUUACUAUCUGCAACAUUUUAAAACCUUCAUGUCACUGAUCAUGAACAUUUUGGAAGAAUAUUAAGAAGUAUGAUUAUACAGAAUAAAAACGCAGUACAUUUAAGCAUUGAACUGCUUUCAGUUGGCAUUCAUAUUGACUAUGAAUGCCAACUGAAAGCCGUUCAAUGCUUAUAUUUACCAUCUGCGAUUUUUUUUGGAAAUUUUCAAAUUCAAAUUUCAGUUGGCAGUUCAUAAGCUGGUGAACUCGCAACUGAAUUGGUAGAGUUAUAUAGUGGCAGUGCCAUAUAAUGGUAAAUAUGUAUAAAUGUUCUGUAUAACAUGUUGACCUUUGACCUGUCAGCAUAAAUAUUCUGUGUUACAUAUUCUACAAUAUACAUGUUCUUCUUGCUCAGAUAUUGAACAAUAAUUUUUUUUUUUAAAUGAAAAAUUAAAUUCAACAAGGUAUAAGAUAUAGUGGAAAUGUAUUUAGAUUUUCAAAUGUGGACUGUUCGUCAGUAUACUACUGUUACUACAUGUAUCUACAAGGGUGGUAUACAUUAAACUCUGAAUUAUCUGACGUGAAUAACAGCUGUUUGGGUUGAUGUAUAAAAGUUUUAUUUACAUUUAUCCCAUAACAGAUUUGAUUUGAAACUCCGUAGAAUCAAUAUGUCACUCAUACAACAGAUAUGUAAAUGAGUCUUGGAACUAUAGAGAUGCUAUUGUGAUAUAUACGUGAAUUAUUUGUUGUAUGCAGAGAAUUGGUUUAAGAUAUAUACAGAAAAAUACACAAGGUCAUGUUCAUGUAUAUAUGAACGAAAGUGUUUGAUCUUCUAUUUCUAAAGCAAUUUACAUUUACCAUUAUAAGUCUGAUAAUUAUCAUUAUUAAUAAAUUAAUAGCAAAUGAAAUUAUUCCAAUGUUCAGACUUAUUUUCAUCAGUUUGAUUACAUUUGUAUGGAAAGAUGUUUAUCAUACCCAGGUUUACCAAAUGGUGAUUGAAUCCAUCAGUUGCCAAGGUAACCAGUCAUCAAAUCCUUCAUUUGCACUCUUUACCUGACAAAGGAAACAGACAUGUUUUAAAGCUCACAUUGUAAAACACAAUUUUAAAAUCUAUGUUCAGGUUUAAGAUAAACAUCUUUCCACAUAGAUUUUCCCCCUAUGUUUUCAUGGGUGAAAACUGACAGCUGUGAUGCUGUAGAUAAAUCAAUGUUUCAGACUGCGAAUGGGAGUCUUUGUCUAUUUGUAAUCUGUAUAAGUGUAUGCCUACAAUGCAUCUAAACUUGUAGAUUUAUCAACAAUAAAAUACUGAUUGAUCAAUGUUUAAA